CAACAUCUUAUUGUUAUUUAUCAUCUAUUCCCUAUCUCGAGAGGAUCAUUAAUUUUAUAAUAAUUAAAAUAAUUGAUUCGGAAACUGGACAAUAAAAUGGAUGAAACAAACCUUCUUUCUACUUCUUCAUCCUCAUCAAUUUUGGGAUGGAUUGCUGAGCAUGGUUCUUGGGUGUUUGGUAUUCAAUCAGUUUUGGGAACAGCAGCCUUGUUUUUGUAUUCCAGAUACUUGAUGAAACAAAAGAGAUUUUCAUUCUUUUAUUUGAUAUUUGGAGGAAUACAUUCACUGAUGGCAAAUGGAUAUUACAAUUUGUUUGGAGAUUUUCCAUUCUUUUCAGUGCCAAUUCACAUGUAUUUCAAUUCUGCCUUGUUUUUGCACUUGUUUGUGUUGACUCAUUGGAAGAAAUUGAAACCUUGGUGGUAUUUGGCAAGUGUUGCAUUCCCUGGUUAUUGGUAUUUGGCUCUUGCUUUCAUUGGUAGUAUGUCAGUAAUACCGUACUCGAUUGCAACGAGAUGGGUAUUGCCACUCUUUGUAAAUAAUGUAAAUUUGCCAUUGUUAGAUGCUGGAUUUAAUGGACUCGUACUAGCUAUUUCACUUCAUGCAUUGUACAUUUCAGUGGUGGGACCAAAGUUUGGAAAGGAACUCGUUCAUAUUGAUUUGAGAAAGGAAACUAUUGAUAAAUCUUCCCAAGAAGAUACAGUUAUUGAAAUUGACCAUCAUGAUAAACCUCUUCACACAGAUGAAUCCAGAGUUUUGAGAAUUUUCCAAAUUACUGAUCCACACUUGGGAACUUGUAUGAGUAAGGAAAAACUCAAGUCUCUCUGUCAAAAUAUUGUCGACAAUAGAGAUAAUAUUGAUUUAGUUUUGAUUACUGGUGAUAUGGAAACAAUGGAUACACACGACGAUGAUCAUUCACUCAGUGAAGCAUUAUCACCUCUCAAACAAUUGAAAGGUAGAACAAUUGCUUGUCUAGGAAAUCACGAUUAUGAAGUUUUGGAAAGGGUAAGAGAAGCUUACCGACAAAAUGAUAUUAUUUUAUUGGAAGAUGACCAAGCUAUUGUGGAAGUGGAAAGACUUUCAAAAAUUAAAGGAGAAAAAUCACUUGUUCAAGUUGUGGGAUCUCAAUUCUCAUUCGCUGGACAUGAUUCAUCAACCAGACACAUUCAAGAGCUCUCUAAAAAAUUCCCAAAGCUUUCUCAAGAUAUUCCAAAGCUCUUCCUCAUUCACAAUCCAUCUAUUCUCUCCUCUAUGAGCAUGAAGGAUGAUACUGACAUUGUUUUUGCAGGCCAUUUACAUGGUGGGCAUAUUGGAACUAGAUUCCGCCGUUUAACAUUUGUAAAGGUACUCUUCAAGGCAUUGAGAUUAUUUGGAAGUAAGAAGAUUUUCAAAGUCCAUCCACCAGAUCAAGGUCUCUAUGGAAGAGGAUCACUGAGAUUGUAUGCUCACAGAGGAACAGGUCAUUAUGGUUUCCCAUUACGUAUUGGAGUUUCUUCAGAAUAUUCCUUAUUGAAUUUAUACUUUUAAAUUAAAUUCAAUAAGUUUAAUU